UUAAGAUUUAAAUGGGAAUUACCUAUUGAACAGCAAGUCUCAGCAGGGAUAGUGCCACCAUGGCACUCUCUCUUAAAAACAGAAAAGAACCUGUUAAGAACAAAAAGAAAACAGUCAGAUAUGACUCAACCAUUAGGAAUGAUGAUUUUUCUGUACUAAAGAAGAAGAUUGAUAUCUCAACUAAAGAUGGACGACUAAGAGCAAAUUCAGAGAAUUUACCCAUACUGUGCACUAGUGGAUUUGGAGAGGAUUCUGAUGAAUCGCCAAAUGGUUCCUCACCUUUGAAUAAGAUAAUUACACUUUCAGAAAUUUCUUCAAUGAAUCCAAAAACUCUUAAAGAGUACAAAGAAGGGGGUAAAGGAGUUGACUUUGAGUCUCUAUGCUUCACUACUCGAAUGCUCAUCAUUGAAGACAAACUAGAGGAUGUCGCAAACCAUAGGCAUAGCAUGGGUACAUAGACAGCAUUAUGUCUGCUUCAAAUAUGAAUUCAUUAUUUAAUAAGAUUUUUAAAUGAU